AUGGAGCACUGGGACUCACUGGGAUUUUUGAUAGUCACACUCAACUAUAAUGUGACUAUUGUGGGGAAGCUCUGGCUGGUGCUGAUGAUCCUGCUGCGCCUGGCAGUGGUGGUGUUAGCAGGGUACCCCCUGUACCAGGACGAGCAGGAGCGCUUUGUGUGCAACACCCUGCAGCCAGGGUGCUCCAACGUUUGCUACGACUUGUUCGCCCCCGUGUCUCACUUCAGGUUCUGGCUCAUUCAGACUGUGUCUGUCCUGCUGCCCUAUGCUGCGUUCAGCAUUUACGUGCUGCACAGGGUGGCUGUGCACAUUGUCAGAAUGCACUGUCUGCUGCAUGGGUGCAGGAGCAACAAGGGUUUGCCAAGCCCCAAAGGUGUGAAGCAGCUCUGUAGAGGUGCAGUUGUCAAUAGAGUAGAUUGUGGUGCAGACAACCUAAGUGUCCUUAAUUUUUCAGGGGCAUAUACUGUUCAUCUUUUUGUUAGGACCCUACUUGAGGCUGCCUUUGCAGCUGUGCAAUAUUUCCUUUUUGGGUUUUUUGUUCCUGACCGCUUUUCAUGCCACCACUCACCUUGCACGAGCACUGUUGACUGUUACAUCUCCAGGCCCACUGAGAAAUCCAUCAUGAUGAUUUUCAUCUGGGGGGUCAGCAGUCUGUCCUUCCUGCUCAGCCUUGCUGACCUUGUCUGUGCCCUCCGGAGAACGACAGCAAGGAACCAGGAGAACAAGCAGCUGGCAAACCUCUGCCCAGAGCAGGAGUGCAGGAUACACCUUCCCCCAGCCCAGCACAGUGGCUCCUCUCCACCUCAAAGCAGGGAUGGCCCAGCAGCAAACAGCUGUCACACCAGUGAUGGCUCCUGCUCACCUCUCCCUGAGGAGGAAGAAGAGGCUGUUCUUCAUCCUGGAGGUGUCCCCCAGCAACGUGCCAGCCCUAACCUCAGCAGCAGUAAUUUCUGUGUGCCAGCAGACCUUGCUGUUCAGCAGCAGAGCACUGAAGAGCCCUUGUGUGCCAGUGACCACCAAGGAACUCCCUGCAGCCAAGUGAGACCCAGACUGCAGCAAGACUUCAUUAAAGAUUCUGCCCUGGCUUUGAGACCUCAGAUGGAGUCUCCCCUUGGGGUUUCUUCUGUUGUUCAGGGCAAGCUUUUAGGGUUCUACCCUUCAGCUGAGCUAAAAAGCCCUGAUGAGCAAUCGAAUUAUAGCAGCUCUAGCUGCCUGAGGUUAAAAAAGUCUGAAUGGGUAUAG